CUGAGUAGAAGUUGUUGCGUCAAGGGUUGCACCUCAGACCAGAAGAGGAAACUUUUCGAGUUUCCGAAGACUGAGGUCGCAAGAAACGAGUGGGCUAUAGCUUGCAACUUACAGUUGCCCUUAAGUAAAGAGAAGAAGUUAUUUAUUUGCGAACUUCAUUUUUAUAAAGAUUUUAUUUCCACAAAGCGGCUGCUGAAUGGAGCCUUCCCUGUUUUGCGGCUAAAUACCGAAGUAGAAGUAGGUAUAGAGGAAUCCUUUGACGUUAAUAGCGUCUCCUCUUCUAAUUGGGUCAUGCACCCCGUUGAGCGCACUUACUGCGAUCCAGUCCAGGACUCCAACGCUGAGUUGACCUUAGAAGAAUUUGCCCUUUAUUCAGACCUUGAAGAUAGGAAAAAGCGUUGUGAGAAAGUUUUUUUAGAUGAGAAAAUUGAACAAGUUUCAAUUAGAGACCCACCUGCUGUUAGCGAUGAGCAUUUCGGUAAGAUUUGCCGUGGCUAUCAGCAGAAUGAAACCAAACUCCUUAAAAAAAUUCAAGACCUUGAAUCCCAACUCAAAGUCUUAAAAAAAAAAUAUUCUGACCUUGAAAAGGGCGCCAUCUUUCCCGCAGUGGAUGCCAGCGAACACGCCGUACAAUUUGCGAAAAUGAUAACGAAUACGCGGCAUUCAUAUGCAGAGGAGGAAAAGAUUUUGGCCCAAAACCUUAAUUAUAUGUCAUCUAAGGCAUAUAAUUUCAUGCGCGAUGACCUCCUUUUUGCCCUCCCCCAUAAAACUACCCUUUUACGUUGGCGCCCCAUUCGGUUUGUAGCCCCUGGGCUGCAAACCAACGUCCUUGAUAAUUUGAGUAAAAUUGUCAAGGACAUGUCUGAGAGCGAACGGCUCUGUACAUUAAUUUUUGAUGAAAUCGGUAUAAAAGGCGAUCUAACAUACAACAAAACCAGAGACCUCAUAGAUGGUUUUGUUGAUGACGGAGCCGGUCUCCGUCAAAAUACCAUUGGUAGUAACUGCGAGGAAGAUGACGACCUUAACCUGGACUGGAAUACACCUCAAGAGCAAGCUCUUAUGGCUACCCUGGACCCCCCAGAACCCAUUUCUCUCGAAGAUAUCGAGAUCCCCGAUGACCAUUUCGCUCAAACACAAAAACCGGCCGAAAUUCAAGUACAAAGGUACUACACAGG